AUGGUCGUCAUCCACGCUUCCAACCUCGCCGACUUUGACCGGCUCAAGUCCGCCAACACGUACCUCGUUGCCGACUUCUACGCAGACUGGUGUGGGCCCUGCCAUCAAAUCAAGCCCAUGUACGAGAACCUCGCCAACACCCACGGCCAACCGGGCCAUCUGGUCUUUGUCAAAGUCAACGUCGACUCUGCGACCGACGUCGCCCGCCGCUACGGCGUGACCGCCAUGCCCACCUUCAUGUUCUUCGAGAACGGCCAGCCUUACAACGGCGGCCGCGCCACCAUCCGCGGCGCUGACCCGCGGAGCUUGACCACUACCGUCCAGCAGCUGGGCCAGUUGGCGAAAAAGAAGGCUGCCGACGACACCGCCGCGGCCGUCAAGAAGGCCGAGGCCGAGAGGAAGAGGAAGGAGGCCGAAGAAGCCGAGAAGAAGCCCGACGACGGGUCCACGGUGUCUGGGGGGUACACCCUCGGCGGGCAAAGUGGGAAGAGGUCCGACUGGAAAAUGUCCCUGAGGUGA